AUGGCCGACGCAGAACUCCAGACAUACCGCGAUCAGCUCGCUUUCGUCAACCUCUCGCUCGACGCAGACCCAGAGAACGAUGAUCUGCUCAGCUUGAAAACAGAGCUGCUUGAGAUCAUCGAGCUCACGGAGGCGGCUCUGGGUCCUUCGGCAUCCGCAAAGCCAGCCACAAGUGCAGCGGCGGAUGCUUCCAAGUCGAAAGGCAAAGGCAAAGAGGUGGCGGGCGGGUCGAACACAAAUUGGCAGGAUCAGGGGACGUAUAAGGCGGGAAUGGACUGUAUGGCAAAGUACAAGGAUGGAAAGAUGUAUCCCGCACGUAUCAACGCAGUAAUAGGCUCUCAAGAUUCCCCAUUAUACACAAUAACCUUUAAAGGCUACUCCACCUCCACAAACGUCCCCUUAUCCUCGCUCCGCCCGCACGACCCCUCAGCGCCUAUCCCGCAGCCUCAGAAACGCCCAGCCGAGGAGCUGACUGAGCGCGAGAAGGAACGGAAGAAGAAGAAGGGAGAUAAGUGGGUCGCGAGCCAGGCGGCGCGGACGGAGGAUAUGAAGGAGAAGAAGAAUGCGUGGGAUAAGUUUGGGAAGAAGGCUGCCAAGAAGGGAAUACAUAUUGCUGGGCUGCAAGGCAAGUCAGAGUUCCGGACGCCCGAAUCGGCAAGUGGACGUGUCGGAGUUGUCGGAUCUGGCAAGCCUCCGACUCAGUACAACCGUAUGGGGAAGCACAAGUUCGAUCGGGAGGAGUAG